CAGAUUUACCAAUUUGGCCUCAGAUUAAACAUCAACAAAGCAUUCUUACUAAGCUACAGCUCCAAUAAAUAACACGAAACAACCGUUUUUUAUUUUCACAUUCAUUCCUUUCUAUCAAUUACGAAACAAUUUCAGACCCGGCUUUUGAAUUAUCUCGGAGACAAAUUAGAAGACAAGGCGUAUUUAAAUAUGACUUACUUGCGUUCGGACUGCUUUGGAAGCGUUAUUUCAAUCGAUAUUGGUUCCGCAGUCUUUUCCGGGGGACAUUUGGGGGAUGGGAAGAAUACAGACUUGCAGCCUAUUGGGCCUAAUUGCUCUUUCCCUGCGGCUGAUUUAAAUACAGCUAACAGCAACAGUAGUAGCCUUGCUAGUGUUUUUAUUGUUUCCGGCGGAACAGCGACCGCAACUGCAGCGAUGUUGCCCCCAGCUACUCUGUGGAAUCAACUGCUUCCUGUCAAGAUUUUGAUCGGCCUAAUCGGAGCUGUGGUGUCGUUGUUGACCAUAAGUGGCAAUGUGCUGGUCAUCCUCGCCUUCUUACGCAAUCCUCGACUGAAGACGACUGCCAAUCUCUACAUCGUCUCACUCUCAAUAGCCGACAUGCUCGUAGCUGGCCACUCAACACUGAAGCGAAACACGUGUGAGGUUCCCUACACGGAAGUGGUGGUUGCCAAUGUCCUCAUUUCAGUCAUAUCUUUCUGGAUCCCCAUACUCAUCAUAUUCGUCCUCUACGGUUUGAUCUACCGGAAAUGCUCCGAGUUACGGCGACGCAACCGCGAGAAAAAGAUAUUCCUGAGCACGUAUUUAAUGCGCAACAUGAAUUUAGCUUACGGUCUGGAAUCAGCGAACCCAAGAGCAACUACUUCGACCAACCGUUCAAGAAGUGCAAACAAUACCGGCCAGAAAGAUACGCUCAAAGACCCGAGAGCAGACAAUUUAUCCAGUCCUAACAGCAUUGAUCCAAAACUUAGCGAGCAUUUGAACGUACCGUCGGAUUCCAGCAGUGCUUCUGGUGUUCGGUCGGCUAGAGCUUCAAACGGUUCACUGCAAGUGCCCCAGAUACACAUAACUGCUCCGAGUCAAGCUAAAAGGAAAGACGCCAUGACAAAGCAACGCGGUUAUGCUCAAUCGGUAGUUGAUCUGCAGAAAAUUGACCCGUCUACAAGCUCGCAGCAAAUUAUGAUAAAACGUCGAUCAACUUUGAACUUGUUUUCAAAACAAAAAAACAGUCGACAGGAUAUCAAUAUAAACCUCAAAACUGCAAACGGCGUCGCAAAAGACGGAGUCACGUGCGCAAAUCCAGGCGGAGCUGUUGGUGACCCCAUGAACCCUUUGAUGAGUGAACGAAAAAUAAACAAAACCCUGAAAAUGGUCACCGCAAUCAUGGGAUGUUACAUAGCAUGCUGGGCUCCAUUUAGCUUAAUCGUCAUCAUCAGAAGCAUCGACAGCUCAAUUGUACCGUUCUGGCUGUGGCACGUAUGCUAUUGUCUCUGUUAUCUCAAUUCGACUCUCAACCCAUUCUGCUAUGCGUACGCCAACAAACAUUUCAAAAAGACAGUGGUGAUGCUAAUGCAAAGCUACAUGAAUCGAGCCAAAUGCUGCAAAAACGGUUCACAAUUUUAAGCGAUGACGCUCUAGAACUGCUAGAACUGAAACUACAAUACUACAAUAAGAUCGAUCAAAAGAGAAGAAUUUAUCACCAAUUGUGACGAAUUACAUUUGAAUAACUUCUUAAAAAUUUAAUUUGAAGCUCAAAGUGUACAGCUGACGAAACCAUUGACGUUACUGAAUGCUACGGAUUUAUGGAUUUUGAACGGUAUAUUUAAAAUAGAAUUACAAUGUCCUUUCUAGAGUAGCCUUUCCCUUUAUGGGUUCUUGUUAACUUCCAAACCCCCCCCCAUGGUAUGACGC